AACAAAUCACAGGAAUAGUCGCAGUGGAUCGAGGAACGUUCGUUCACCUUAGUCACUUGCAAAUUACAUCAUACGUACACACACAGGCACGCGCAACAUUAUUCUUGUUUCAGGUCUACCCAGUGCAUGUGUGUGUGUUUACAAUACAAGACAUGUAACGACAGGUUCACGACAAGACCUUGGUCCCAUGACUCAUCCUCUUUUAACUUGGUCCAGUGAUCCAAAGUAACCCGGCAACACCACGACAUUCAUUAUUGAGCCGCGGCUGAGUAACGUUAUAAAACGUAGGCACUGCUCUUAAAAACUACCCGAAGUCUUAAAUUUAAAAUUUGGACACUAAGUGUCUGUAAUCUAUACAUUACAUUCAACACGGUUGGAACAUACCAAUUUACAUUCAUUCGUCAACUAGAUACUGCACCUAUAUGAUCAUACGGAUAUUAAUAGAAUUCAAUUUAAACAUGGCACACAUUUCAACUGGAUUGAUAAGUUCAUUAAUAGUUUUCAUACUGAUAAUGCAAGAAAAUGACUCUCGAACAAUACCAGAGGAUGCCUUUAAUACAAAUAUUGACUUUGAAUGCCGUACAGACAAUGACUGUAGUGAAAAAAAUAAUUAUUGUGAUAUUAGUUUAAAUUUAUGCUCACAGUGCAUGAAUUGUAGCAUAUAUUUUAGAACAACUAAAAAAAAUAUUAAGUGUCCAAAAGAUAUAUCGGAUUGUGGUUCAUGUUUUGAUGGCUAUUUUGAAGAAAUAUUUUUUGGAGGAGAAAUUCAUGAUUUAUGUGUUCCAAUAAAUUCUAAUAUUUUAUUACCAACACCAGAAAAAAUUAGUUCCAAUUCAUAUUGGCAAGAUAUUGGAAUAUUUUUUUUAAUAAUAAAUAUAUUUUUAAUUUUCCUAAUAUGGACCUAUUUUUAUAAAAGAGUUAGGAAUAUCAAUUCAAAUGACAUGUCUAAUUCUAUACAAGAUAACGUUGAGAAUCUACCACCACCUUACGAGAGUUGCAUGAAAUUGAAUAACUAUGUUACAGAUGACGUUCAAGAAUUUCAUUUGUUUACUGGUGAACAGCCACCAAGAAAUGAAUGGAGACAUCAAAAUGCAGUACCAUUUCGUAUACCUGAUGAUUCACUAGAGAAUAUAAAUUGUAUGGAUGAAACAGAAACUCUUGAAGAAGUAGAUGGAGCUUCUGUUACAAGGGAAAUAGAAGGUCCAGAAUUACAUGAUGAGGAAACAAUGCCAAGUGUCUGGUCCCCCCCACCACCACCACAACCAUCAAUAUCAGUAAUAAUGCAUUUAGAGAAUAAUAAUGAUAUGCAAACUUGUCAACCUCCAUUCAAACGUAUAAGACUUGUUCAAGAAUCUAGUGAUGAAAAAAGUUAUCAAGAUGAAGAUAAUGCAUCAGACAAAUCCCAAGAUGAAUAGUUAUAAGUUUAAUAGUUUUAUAACUAUUAAAUGUAGAUACGAGAUAAAAUCUGAAAAUUUAUUUUUAAGUGUACAUAUGUUUUAAAUUGUAAAAAUAAAUUAAGGUUUUGCAUUGUUUAUCUAUAAUUCUUAGAUAUAUUGGUACUUUAUAUUUUUUUACUUUUUAAUUAUAUUUUUUUUUUACCAGAUAAA